AUGUCAGACAACAUACCAUACGAAAUGCAAAUGGAAAUCAUGAAAAAGCUUCCUGCCAAAUCCUUGAUUCAGUUCCGAUCGGUCUGCAAAGCAUGGAAGUCUCUCAUCGAUAGCCCUGAUUUCAUUACGCAGUACAACGGCCAACACACAAACCCGCAACAUCUGUUUCUAACCUAUUGUGAUUGUGAGGAUAAGUAUGUUUCAAUUGCUGAUGAUCAUACUUUUCCCCACCACAAAGUUCCCCUCACUUUCCCACAAUGGCUUUUAGAUUAUGAUUAUGACCUAAUCGGCUGCUCUCAUGGCUUGUUGUGUUUGUCUUAUUAUGAGGACCAGACCAGAAUAGCUAUUAUUUGGAAUAUUUUGAUUAGAAAAGCAAUUGCUGUACUUGUGCCGAAUGUGGCUGGUGGGGAGGUUUAUAAAAAUGUUUUAGGUUUCGGGGUUUGUCGCGAGACUACCGACCCGAAAAUUGUCAAGAUUACACCUAUUCGGAGUCAGAGUGCUAUGGAAAGUGUAACUUGGCAUGCUGAGGUUUUUACUUUAAGCACAGGGACUUGGAGAUCUCCAUAUAGCGGCAAUCUUCCUCGUAGUUCAAUUGAGUUUGACAGUUACUGUGAUCAGGUAGUUACUAUAGAUGGGUCUAUUUAUUGGCUUGCUGCUGAUAGGGCUGAUGUGGAUCGUGGGUUUAGGUUCGAUUAUACGAUUAUUUCCUUUGAUUUCACCCGUGAAGAAUUUAAAGAAGUGAGCCUCCCAGAUAGUUUAGCACACCAGAGGUAUAAGGAUAUUUUGUCCGUGUUAAAACUAAAGGAGUCUCUUGUUGUGCUUGAACGUGUCAAUGAUCUGGGUUACGAUGUAUGGAUGAUGGAGGAUGGGGUUUCCAAACUGUUUACGAAGCUAUUCACUAUUAAUGUUAGCACACACUGUGCAAAAGUAAAGGGAUUUAGAAAGAGUGGUGAACCUAUAAUUAGCUUUAGUUUUUCAAUCUACGAUAAUCGUAACAAAGUUGUUUAUGAGCCUUACUCAAAACAUAAUGAUAAUGUUGUGAUUGACAAUAUAUUUGCUUCAUAUUAUCUGAUUCCCUACAUGGAAACGCUGCUUCUGCUUAAUCAGCCAGAUCUUACGGUUCAUAACCAAGUGGAAACCCUCAAAUUUGAAGAUGAUUGGCUUCUAGAACCGAGUUUCAGUUAUGGGUUUAACGGUGAUUCUUUUCCUGAGGACGACUACUUUAUGGAUUAUUAUGGAAUGUAA